GACGUUUACAAUUGAGGUUAAGAGUAAAUGUAAAUAAAAAUAUUGUACAAUAUGUAAAUUAACGAAAAAACUGAACUAGUAUUAAUCGAAUCAACUACAAAUCAUCGUUUUCAUGAACCACAAGAAGUAAUUUAAUAAUUUCCACCGUGAAACUCUCAACAUGGCACCGCCCCCUAUAGUAACAGGGUUAUCUCCGAAAGAAGGCCCACCCGGGACUCGACUGAAAAUAAGGGGCGAACAUUUCGGUUCCAAACCGUCCGAUCUGAUAGGACUAACGAUUUGUGGCACCGAUUGCCUCCUAUCAGCUGAAUGGAAAACCUCAACGAAAAUCGAGGCCAUCUCAGGCCCCAUAAAGGGUACAGGAGAAGUUAUCGUGACCACGAGACUCGGCGGGGUAGGGACUUGCAAUGUGACAUUCAGAGGGUACUUUUUGUCCAGCAUAGGGCCGUUGAAGGAGAGUGCUGUGUGGGUGGAAGAGGUUUCAUCUUGGAGUAGACAUUCAUUGAGUCCUAGCAGUUUUCAACAUGAGGAUCCCUUGGGGUUGUCAAUAGAGGAAAAUGAGAACAAAAUAAGUGAAGAAGAUUUACAAAGCAACUACCCAGGAAAAUGCGGAGAUAUAGGAAGCACAAACUUCUCCCCAGGUUGGUUUCUUCUAGAAAACCACCAAGCCACCAGCUUCCACGAUCUGGAUGCUGGUUUGGUGCACCUACAAAGAAAAGUACAAGGCCAAAAAGAAGGCAAACUAUCGUUCCUGAAAGCCAACAUGAACUCCAUCAUGGAUCAAAUAGACACCUUGUCAAACCUGAGAGAAAAAUACGAAAAAGAUUUGUCCGAAUUCGGAAGUGAACCCACUCUCAAACUAGAAAAAACCAUCAAAGAGUCCGAACGAGAAGCGAGAAAGCUGUUCGAUGACGUUUUAGCCAGAAAAGAUAGAGCGGAAAAAACGAGGAAUGCUCUGAGCGUGUUAUCAAGGUUCAAGUUCCUGUUCUGUCUGCCUUGCGUGAUCGAGAGACACAUCAAGAAAGCCGAAUACGACAUAGUUAUAAACGAUUACAUAAGAGUUAAGAAUUUAUUCCACAAAACAGACGUGCCUAUUUUCAGAGAAGCUUUAAAAGAAAUCGACAAACGCAUUGUGAAUUUGCAGAAGAAGCUGCACGCUGAUUUGCAAACCAUGCCUAUCACUGUCGAUCAGCAAAAACGUCUGAUUCGCUAUUUGGUGAACCUCGAGGCCCCAUACGAUUCUGCUUGGGACGCCAUCAAAAGUCGAUCAGAGUAUAUCCACACGAAAUUCCGGCUCAUAUACGACUACUACAAAUCCAUGGAAAGGCCUGAGAGUGGAAAGAAGGUAGUUACAGCUUUGAAACAAUCCAAACUCAAUGAUUCACAAGUAGACGAGAACGUACCGCCAUCUUGCGUCAGUUUCACGAAGGAAAUUUGCGCGACCCUUUCCGAAAUUUUUCCCGAUCUGUGGAAAAUAGGACAGGCGUACUUUUCUGGAGAGCUACAAGUCAAAGUUGGAGCUGGAAGACAGGUGGAGUACAAACACAUGGUCCUCGACGUGAUAGAAAGCUUCUGCAGAUACGCGAGAGCCACCACCGUACCCCACACCCUCGAGAAACACCACCGACCCCCUUCCCCUUCCCUAGCUCCCCCCUCUCGCGACGAUCUCGCCUUCUACCUGCCCGACCUGCUGCGCUCCGUCCGCUCAACCUACGCCACCCUCAUCAAGCUCGAUCUGCCCAACGAAGCCCUAGACAUCGUCAGCCAUCUGCUUUUGGACCUCAGGACCAACUGCAUGAGUAUUCUGUUCCAGCAAACUGCCGAGCAAAUCAAGCAACUCAACGAGAAUUGGCGGAUCAGCUUCGCCGGCAAAUACACCGGGAUCUCCGAGCUGCCACUGAAGUUCCUGCAGCUGGUGGAGGACGUGUUGCAGAUCGUGAAAGAAUCCGCUCUGUCUGUCGAGCUGAGGGAAAGUUCUUUGCUUGAUAGCCCUCAAGCCAAGAAGGAGCUGGAGAAGCAAGUGGACAACAUCUUGACGGGGUUCUACGACGUCUUGGACAAGCUGUCUUCCGGGGAAGGUUUCGACGAUGGCGAUGACAAUGUUCCUGUCGUCUCGCAGCUGAUAGGCAGCCCUAUGAGCACCUACAAGUUCGUGCCUUCAGGGCAAACGUGCCCCUCGUGGGAACACAGACUGCUCAUCACGCUCUCCAACUGCCUCUUUGCUAGGAACACGGUAAUGGAUGCUGUUGCCUCCAAGUUCAAAGAAACCGGUUUUCCCUCAGUGGAAAGCUCGAUCAAAUCGGCUAAAGCCAAGCUGCGCAACCUCGAAAAGUCCAUCUUGGACAAGUAUUUGGAGCAGAAGAGCGAUCCACUAGUGGGCACUAUCGAACCUUCGAUGUAUCUGGGUCGUUUUGAUUGGGACGUCAGUACACCCCCCACGGACAUACGCCCUUACGUCAAAGAGUGCAUCAACAAUCUAAUCAAUGUUCACGCAGAAGUCACCAACAUCUCGUCGAGCCUGCUAGAUCUGGUUUUGCCGAGGAUAGUGGAAACGAUAGCCGAAGAGCUGUACAGGUUGAUGUCUUGUGUGCAGAAAUUCAGUAAGGAGGGGGCCCAACAGGCUAGGGCUGACGUGGAAGCCCUGCAGGAGUUUUUCGAGGAUUAUUCGUCGGAGAACGCGAGGGCGUACUUCAAGGAAGCUUUGGAAGCGGUGGAGGGUGUCCAGGGGUCUGACAGGACGAUGGUCGAUGACAUUUUGUCGAGGUGUAGGGUGAGAAUGAGGAUACAGAUGCUGUGUUUGAAGAAGGUCGACGAGAACAGUUAGUAUUUCGUUUUGCGUCGGUGGUGUCGCCACUGUCUGCCUUUUAUGAUUAUAUUUAUUGAUGGAUGACGGAUGCUCGGUGCCAGAAAAUAAACGGUGAUAUUAUGAUGAAGUCAGCAACGAUUAUUUUAUCACUUUUCAUUAGGGACUUUUUUGUAUCGUUCAAAGGCAAGUUAUUUACAGGUAAAUUCUUCAUGCACAUAUAAUUUUUCCCAUACCAGAACUAUCAAACAUUAUGAUUUCAGGGUAAUUAUCUUUAAAUUAUUGUUGGAAAAAUUACCAUUUUUGAAAAAUGAUUACCUCAAAUGAGGCGUUUUCCUAUGAGCCUUGAAAUAUAAUUC